AAAAAGGUGCUGAUAUUCUCAGAUAAUGUACCUCCGCUUAUUCUAGAAAAGAAAGAAAAUAGAAACAAUUUCUUGAUCUUAUCACUCCCACUGUAUGGAAGUAGUAUCAAUGUCAGCAGCAGCAGUCUCAGGGUUCCAAACUCUAAAUGCCUUAACAUCACGAAAGAUUAUAAACAGCCCAUCUUCAAAUAAGGUAAACAUCUCAUCUCAUUGUCUUUCAUUGAUUUCAACUUCAUUUUCUCAUCCAAAUUACCUACAAAUACAGAACCCCCAUAACCCUAGAAAUGAUUUUCGUUUUAUAAAUCGGUGCUCUAUUAAACCAGACAUUGAUAGUAGUGAUAAUGCAAUUGAGAAGAACAAUUCAAUUGAUGGAAGUAAUUUAGAUUUAGAUAAUCAACAGAAAAAAUUAACAGGUUUAUCUCAAAAUGAAAAACCCACAUCUUCAAUAUCAUCUAGAGGUUUGGUCUUUGAUAUGGGGAUUGAAAAUUCAUGGGAUAGUCAAGAAAUUGGAUCCCCAGUUGUGAAAAGAUUUCUCAGUGAUAAAGAAGAACGUUGGUAUAUGUGGUAUCAUGGAAGAAAUUCGUCGAAUGGGGAUACAGUUGGAUUAGCUGUUUCCAGUAAUGGGAUUCAUUGGGAAAGAGGGGGUGGAGUUGUUCAGUCGAGUUCCGAUGUGGGUUGUGUUAUGAAUUGUAGUCAAGAUUGGUGGGCUUUUGAUACUGAAAGUAUAAGACCUUCUGAGAUUGUGAUUAUGUCUAGUUCAAAAGUUCGAGUGUCUAGUGCUGUUUAUUGGCUUUACUAUACUGGGUUCAAUGCGGAACGACUUGAAGUCCCUGGUACGCCAAAAGUGCGUGUUGAAAACCCGGAGAGAAAUGGUGACGAGGGUGCUGUUUUCAGAUCAUUACCUGGAUUAGCUAUUAGUCAGGAUGGGAGGCAUUGGGCAAGAAUAGAAGGUGAACAUCAUAGCGGGGCAUCGUUUGAUGUAGGAGCAGCAAAUGAGUGGGAUUCUUUGUUUAUUGCAGAACCGAAAGUUGUUUUCCAUAAAAGUGGUGAUUUGAGAAUGUACUAUCACUCAUUUGAUGUAGAGUCUGGGAAAUUCGCAAUUGGAAUUGCAAGAUCAAGAGAUGGAAUGAAAUGGGUGAAGUUAGGGAAGAUUAUGAGCGGAGGAAAUGAAGGUUCUUUUGAUGAAUUUGGUGUGAAAAGUGCCAGUGUAGUACGGAAAAGAAACGGAGGGUAUUUGAUGGCAUACGAAGGUGUUGCAGCUAAUGGAGAGAAGAGUAUAGGGUUAGCGGAAUCGUCAGAUGGGUUAAAAGAUUGGAAUAAGUGUGUGCAUGGUGCUGUUUUAAAGCCGAGCGUUGAAGAAAAUGGUUGGGAUGAUAAAGAAGUUGGACACCCUUGUUUAGUCCAAAUGGAUGGUGAUGCUGAUGAAUGGAGGUUGUAUUAUAGAGGCAUUAGUAGUGGAGGAAGAAGUGGUAUUGGCAUGGCAAUUUCUCAAGGUAAUGACAUUACUAGUUUUAGAAGAUGGACAGGAUUUCAUUUGUAGAAAAAAAAUCUAAUAUCCGCUAACCAUCUUGAAAUAAAGGAAAAAGUAAAAGAAAAAGGUACUGGAAUUCAGAUAAUCUACCUCCAGAUAUAUCAACAAGAAUAGAGAAUUUGACCAACCACAGGGGAAAGGUAAAAGUAAUAUUCAAGCAGUAAAAGUAAAUCUACUGAUAGAAAUCAUCUGUAAAAGUGUCAGCUACAACUGAAAAUGAAAAAUUUGUAUUCUUUAAUGUACUCUAAUUGGAAUCUUAUACUGUAUAAGUAGUUCAGAAAGUGCAAUACUCUCUCACAGAAACUUAGU